AUGGCUCUGACUGUCUGCUCAUCGCGCCUCUUACUCCGCUCUUCCUCCUCCGCCUUUCCGAUCUCUGCUGUGUCUCAGUCACGCUCGUUCCCGCUCCUGUCGGGCUCCCAUCGAACUCUCUCGUCGCCUGUUUCUGAAUCCCCUACAAGCUUGCUUGUUUCUCGGAGUUUGUCCAGCGUCGGAAUCUGCCGGGGGGAUUUGAGUUCCACAAGUGUGCACCACGUUAGACAUUCUUACAUUCCGCUUCGAAGAACGCCGGCCUCAGCCUCUGCGACAAGCCCUCGUCGAUUCACCACCCGCAGCAUUGUAGCAAUGGCGGGAAGCAACGAGGAAGCUGCCGCUAAGGCAGCGUCGGCGGCUGCGGAUUCAGGCAACCCCACCAUAUUUGAUAAGAUUGUGCGCAAGGAAAUCCCUGCUAAUAUCGUGUAUGAGGACGACGAGGUGAUGGCCUUCCGAGACAUCAGUCCCCAGGCGCCAGUGCACAUUAUUCUCAUUCCCAAGAACAGGGACGGCCUCACACAACUCUGCAAGGCAGAGGAGAGGCAUGCAGCAAUCCUGGGUAAGCUGCUGCUGGCAGCGCGGAAGGUAGCGAUCAACGAGGGCCUGGUGCCAAACGGGUAUCGCAUUGUCAUCAACGACGGGCCCGAUGGAUGCCAGUCGGUGUACCAUCUUCACAUCCAUAUCCUUGGUGGCCGCCAGAUGAAGUGGCCUCCUGGCUAA